ACUUCCAGUCAGGUGUGUUGAGUGACAAAAAAAUGAAUGUGGAACAUGAAGUUACACUGCUCGUUGAUGAGAUUCGUCGAUUGGGCAGUAAAAAUGCAGAUGGGAAGAUCAGCGUCAAAUUUGGAGUCUUGUUUAAUGAUGACCAGUGCGCCAACCUCUUUGAAGCUCUGGUCGGAACGCUGAAAGCGGCCAAGCGAAAGAAGCUCAUCGCGUUGUUGGGUUGA